UCCGUGUCGCCUGGGAGAGCAUGAAGGGGACGGAGCGGCACAUGGCCAGGAGGCCGCUGCAUAAGCAGCUGGAUUGGGAGAGGAAGCAUGCCAAGCAGGCCGAGGCCAGGCUCAGCCAGCAUCUGCAGAGACUCGAGCAGGCCCACCUGUGCCAGCUGAGGCUGCUGGCCUGGGAGCAGCGGCAGCUGCAGAAACAGCUGCAGAGGCUGCAGCACGACCGCAAGGGCAAGUGCCCCUCCUCCCCCGGGAACCGAGUUCGGCAGAGACCGGGAGGCGCCCCCGUGCGCCCGCAGCAGGGAGGGGACCUCGGGACCCCCCGGGCCACUGGAGCCAGAGCCCUGGCCACCAGCACAGCCCAGGAAGCACAUGGGGCCCCGCCCCAGGGGCCUCCUUCCCGCCGCGAUGGCCUCAAGGGCCCCACGAGGAGCAAAGAGCAGUCACCGCCUCAAAGCCAGGUGACCUCCCCCCUCGCAGGGGAGAUGCCGCUCGACCCAGCUGCCUCCACCUGCUCCACAGCCCCCGGCCCCGGGGCCAGCCCAGUCGGUGAUGGGGCCCUCGGUGAGGCCAGACCGGAGGCCACAGGCCUGCAGCCCAACCUCUGCGCCAGGGAGCACGUGUCCCUGGGGGCCCCCACCUUCCGCGAGGUGUGGGCAAGGGCCGCCAACGCCCACUACCUGCGGCACCGGGUGCCUCCUGAGGCUGAGCGGCUGCUCAGCAUGGGGGAGAUAUUUGGGCAUGGGGGUCCUGGGACCCAGCGCAGGGCGCCUGGAGGUCACCUCUCCGACCCUCCCGAGCCCUCAGAGUAACACGUCAGCCACUAGAGAAAUGUGCACAAUUUUAUUUUCAACCGUUUCCCCCUUUCCCCGAAUCUGCAAGGCCAGUCGAUGAAAAGCGAGGGGGAGGGGAGUCUCCUGGGAACCGGUAAGUGAUGCACCCGCACCCCUGGCUAAGGUCUCAGAAAUAGGACUCUGCCUUGAAGAGAUGGUGCCGCCCGUUCUGACACUUGUGGCGCCACCUGCUGGCCAGAGGGCACCGUCCUGGGUCCUGGGCCCCUGAGGGUUGGG